CACAGACACCAGUAGAUGGGGUCACAAAGCUGGUCCUCUGCCACUAGAAGGUGCCACAGGAGAUGGUCUCAGGUGACAAGAAGUUGGUCUUCGAUGGCCAGGAGACAGUCUUGGAUGACCAGGAGGUGGUCCUAGGUGGCCAGGAGGUGGCCUCAGAUGUCUGGGAGAUGGGCUUGGGUGGCCAGGGGACAGUCUUGUUUGACCAGGAGGUGGUUUUGGGGACCAGGAGAAGGUUUUGAGUGGCCAAGAGGGUCCUGUCCUGCCUGUGGUGCAGCCUGACCUGGUGAGGGUCUGUGCCCAUAUGUCGUUACUGAAGAGACCUGCCACAGGGACUUGGGGAUGUAGGGAUGGGCUGCAUAGGCUCCCUGGGGGAGGACAUCACAUACGCCCUGGCCCUGUUGGAGGACAUUAUGUGUGUCCUCACCCUGGAGGUUGGGAUGCAGUGUCCUCCUCCUGGGGUGGGGACAGGCAGCACCCACAGCCAGUGCAGACCAUGACCAGGGUCUGGUGUGCCCCCCCCCCCAUGCUGUGCUGGGCAGUGACCAUCCCUCCUCUCCCUCCACAGCCUUGCCAGCAGCUGCCUCUCCAGGAUGAACAGGAUGGCCAACGUCAGCUCCAGUGGCCGCAGCCACUACCCCUCCGCCAUCCCAGUGCCCCGUGCCAUAACCCAUGGCAAGCUGCACACAGCAGCCCCCCCGAGCACCCCAGGGUCCCCCGUCCCCCACAGGGCUCUGUCCCCCUGGCCAGGGACGGUGCCAGCCCCCAAGACCCUCAAGCCCAAAGGCACUGACAGAGCUGCCAGCCGUGAGGCAGCCAAGAGCAGGGAGGGAAGCCCCAGUGUCCCUCUUGGUGGCAGGCAGAAAGCCCUGGCAAGACCCUUGGUGUCCCCUGGGAAGCGUCCAGAGGCAGUGGGCAGCGGGAGGAGAGGGGCAGGCAGGGUGGGGGAGCCCAUGGAGCUGCCCAAAGCUCCAUCAGCACAGGGCAGGGCUGGGGGACGGCCGGAGGGGUCCCCUGGGAAGGGCAGCGGAGCGGCCGUGGCAGGGACAGGGGAUGAGUCCCAUGGUGGCUCACAGGGGAGGGGCCCCAUAUUUGGGUCAGGGGCCAUCACCUUCUCCUCGGGCCCCCUGCACAGCCACCCCGUCACUGCCACCGUGGCACCCUUCCACUACCGGCUGCAGGAGAACCGGGAGCAGGAGAGGGCCACGUCCUCAGGCGAAGAGUGUCCUGGUCCUGCAGAGCAACCUGGCCGCGACCCCAAACCCAGAGGCCUGACGGCAGCAGCAGCGCCCGGCGGGUUAAAUGAUUGCAGCGCGGGGAUGCUGGGGAGCAACCUCAAGAGCCUUCCCGACGUGGAGCUGGGCGAGGAGGAGCGCGGCUACCGGCGGGGCCCCGACGGCGGCGCCGUGAUGCCGAAGCGGGCGAAGGCGGCGGCGGCCGCGGGGCCGCGGGGCGCGGAGCUGCGCGUCUUCAAGGCGAGCAGCGCGGAGGGGCGGCUGCCGGCCGGCUCCAACCUGCGCAAGCAGAAGUCGCUCACCAACCUCGCCUUUCUCACCGACGCCGAGAAGAAGCGGCAGCUCUACGAGCCCCGCUGGAGCGACGACAUGGCCAAGGCGGCGGCGCCGGGGGCGGCGGCGGCGGGGGGCGGCGGGCGCGGCGGCCCCCGCGGGCGGGACGCGCCCGCCAUGUCGCGAAGCCUGUCCCGCUCCGAGCACUCGCUGCUGUCGCCGCGCCCCGCCGGCCCUGCCAAGCCGCCCCCCGCCGGGAAGCCGAGCCGCAUCCCCCGCGGGCCCUACGCCGAGGUGAAGCCCCUCAGCAAGGCCCCCGAGGCGGGCGGCGGAGGUGGCGGCGGCGGCAAAUGCGACGACGAGCUGCUGGGCGGGAAGGGGCCGGCGGUGGCGGCGGGCACCGAGGAGAAGCCGUACCUGAAGGUGGACCCCGAGCUGGUGGUGACGGUGCUGGGCGACCUGGAGCAGCUGCUCUUCAGCCAGAUGCUGGACCCCGAGUCCCAGAGGAAGAGGACAGUGCAGAAUGUGCUGGACCUUCGGCAGAACCUGGAGGAGACCAUGUCCAGCUUGAGGGGCUCUCAGGUGUCUCACAGCUCCCUGGAGAUGACCUGCUACGACAGCGACGAAGCCAACCCCCGGAGCGUCUCCAGCCUCUCCAACCGCUCCUCCCCGCUGUCCUGGCGCUAUGGGCAGUCGAGCCCGCGCCUGCAGGCGGGGGACGCGCCGUCGGUCGGGGGGACGUGCCGCUCCGAGGGCACCCCCAGCUGGUACAUGCAUGGGGAGCGGGCGCACUACUCGCACACCAUGCCCAUGCGCAGCCCGAGCAAGCUGAGCCACAUCUCCCGCCUGGAGCUGGUCGAGGCGCUGGACACCGACGAUGUGGAGCUGAAGUCGGGGUACAUGAGCGACAGCGACCUCAUGGGGAAGACGCUGACGGAGGAUGACGACAUCACCACGGGCUGGGAUGAGAGCAGCUCCAUCAGUAGCGGCCUCAGCGAUGCCUCUGACAACCUCAGUUCAGAGGAGUUCAACGCCAGCUCCUCGCUCAACUCCCUGCCCUCCACCCCCACCACCUCACGCAGGAACUCGGCCAUAGCGCUGCGCACAGACUCGGAGAAGCGCUCGCUGGUGGAGAGUGGGCUGAGCUGGUACGGUGAGGGUGAGGAGAAGGCGCCCAAGAAGCUGGACUACGACAGCAGUAGCCUCAAGAUGGAGCAUGGCUCCUCCAAGUGGCGGCGGGAGCCCUCGGAUGGCGGUGAGGAGGGGCCCAAGGGCGGUGAGCUGAAGAAGCCUGUCAGUCUGGGCACCCCGGGCUCCCUCAAGAAGGGCAAGACCCCUCCAGUGGCUGUGACCUCCCCCAUCACCCAUACAGCCCAGAGCACCCUCAAAGUGGCAGGCAAGCCCGAGACCAAAGCCACUGACAAGAGCAAGCUGUCUGUGAAGAGCACGGGCCUGCAGCGCUCCUCCUCCGAUGCCGGCCGUGACCGCACCGCUGAUGCCAAGAAGCCCCCGUCGGGGCUCGCGCGCCCCUCGUCCUCCAGCUCCUUUGGCUACAAGAAACCAGCCCCUGCCACCGGCACUGCCACUGUCAUGCAAGCUGGGGGCUCAGCCACACUCGGCAAGAUCCAGAAGAGCUCUGGCAUCCCUGUCAAGCCAGUCAGUGGGAGGAAAACAAGCCUGGAUGUCUCCAACGCAGCUGAGCCUGGGUUCCUGGCCCCAGGGGCUCGCACUAACAUCCAGUACCGCAGCCUGCCCCGGCCCGCCAAGUCCAGCUCCAUGAGCGUGACUGGUGGCCGCAGCGCAGCCCGGCCGGUCAGCAGCAGCAUAGACCCCAGCAUGCUGAGCACCAAGCAGGGCAGCAUCUCGGUGUCACGGCUCAAGGAGCCGUCCAAGAUCAGCGCCGGCCGUGGGACACCGGCCCCUGUGAACCAGACGGACCGCGAGAAGGAGAAGGCCAAGGCCAAGGCAGUGGCACUUGACUCUGAGUGCGGGACACUGAAGAGUGUCAGCUCACCUGAGAGUACUCCAAAAGCCCAGGCCAACCUCCCGCCAGUGGCCAAGGUGGCUGAGCUGCCCUCCACACCUCUCAGAACGGCUGCCAAGACCUAUGCGAAGCCUCCCACCCUAGCCAACUUGGACAAAGUCAACUCCAACAGCCUAGACUUGCCCUCUUCUAGCGAGCUGCACCCCCCUCACACUGCCAAGCUCCAGGACCUGCACCCGGCCGGUGGGCACCUGGCACCCUGCUUCAGCCCCAGCCCUGCCCCCAUCCUCAACAUCAACUCAGCCAGCUUCUCUCAGGGCCUGGAGCUCAUGGGCGGCUUCAGCGUCCCCAAGGAAGGCAGGAUGUACCCCAAGCUCUCUGGCCUGCACCGCAGCAUGGAGUCCCUGCAGAUGCCCAUGAGCCUGCCCAGUGCCUUUUCAGGGGGCAGCAGCACCACCACCACCCCUGCUGCUGCACCCCCUGCCAGCACGGAGGAGGAGGAGGAGGAGGAAGAGGCAGGGGAGCUGGGCUGGAGCGGAAGCCCCCGGCUCACGCAUCUGGACAGUGUCAACCGCGACAGGAACACCCUGCCCAAGAAAGGGUUGAGGUACCAGCUGCACUCCCAGGAGGAGGCCAAGGAGCGACGCCACUCACACGCCAUCAGUGGGCUCCCAGAGUCGGAAGAGCAGCAGGACCUGCCCUCGCCCCCUGCCCUCCCCAUGGCGCUGGUUGGGAAAGGUCCACUCACCAACAUUGUGAGCCCCACUGCCACCGCAGCCCCGCGGAUCACCCGCUCCAACAGCAUCCCCACCCACGACUCCACCUUCGAGCUGUACAGCACCUCCCAGAUGGGCAGCACCCUCUCCCUGGCCGACAAGCCCAAAGGCAUGAUCCGCUCGGGCUCUUUUCGGGACCCUGUGGACGAUGUUCACGGAUCGGUGCUGUCCCUGGCCUCCAGCGCAUCCUCCACUUACUCCUCCGCUGAGGAGAAGAUGCAGUCUGAGCAAAUCCGGAAGCUGCGCCGUGAGCUGGAGUCCUCGCAGGAGAAGGUGGCCACGCUGACGUCCCAGCUGUCUGCUAACGCCAACCUGGUAGCGGCCUUUGAGCAGAGCCUGGUUAGCAUGACAUCCCGCCUGCGGCACCUGGCUGAGACUGCUGAGGAGAAGGACACGGAGCUGUUGGACCUGCGAGAGACCAUUGACUUCCUGAAGAAGAAGAACUCGGAGGCCCAAGCUGUGAUCCAGGGUGCCCUGAAUGGCACUGAUGUCACCCCCAAAGAGCUGCGCAUCAAGCGGCAGAACUCCUCCGACAGCAUCUCCAGUCUCAACAGCAUCACCAGCCACUCCAGCAUCGGCAGCAGCAAGGAUGCCGACGCCAAGAAGAAGAAGAAGAAGAGCUGGGUUUAUGAGCUACGCAGCUCCUUCAACAAGGCUUUCAGCAUCAAAAAGGGCCCCAAAUCAGCCUCAUCCUACUCAGACAUCGAGGAGAUCGCCACGCCAGACUCGUCGGCCCCCUCCUCCCCCAAGCUGCAGCAUGGCUCUACAGAGACUGCCUCGCCCUCCAUCAAAUCCUCCACCUCCUCCUCUGUGGGCAUCGAUACAGCUGAGCUCUUCCAGGCCCACAAUGAGGGCGAGCCGGAGAAGAAGGAGGUGUCUGAACUGCGGUCAGAGCUGUGGGAGAAGGAGAUGAAGCUGACAGACAUCCGCCUGGAAGCCCUCAACUCGGCCCACCAGCUGGAGCAGCUGCGAGAGACCAUGCACAACAUGCAGCUGGAGGUGGAUCUCCUGAAGGCCGAGAACGACCGUCUCAAGGUGGCCCCGGGGCCCUCAGCAGUGCCAGGCUCUGUUCCCAGCCAUAUCACAAGCACAUCAACCUCCUCUUCACCGCGGCGCUCCCUGGGUCUCACCCUUGGCCAUGCCUUCAGCCCCACCCUGGCUGAUGCAGACGUGUCCCCCAUGGACGCUGUCAGCGCUGGCACCCAGAAGGACGAGCUGACGCUGCGGAUUGUGGUGCGCAUGCCACCCCAGCACAUCAUCAAGGGGGACCUCAAGCAGCAGGAGUUUUUCCUGGGCUGGACCAAGGUGAGCGGGAAGGUGGACUGGAAGAUGCUGGAUGAGGCUGUCUGCCAGGUCUUCAAGGAUUACAUCACCAAGAUGGAUCCUGCAUCCACGCUGGGGCUCAGCACCGAGUCUGUCUAUGGUUACAGCAUCAGCCACAUCAAGCGGGUGCUGGACAUGGAGCCACCAGAGCUGCCACUGUGCCGCCGGGGCCUGACCAGCGUCGUGGUGACACUCAAAGGCUUGAAGGAGAAGUGUGUGGACAGCCUGGUGUUCGAGACACUUAUCCCCAAGCCCAUGAUGCAGCACUACAUCAGCCUCCUGCUGAAGCACCGCCGCCUCAUCCUCUCGGGACCCAGUGGCACCGGCAAGACCUACCUGACCAACCGCCUGGCUGAGUACCUGGUGGAGCGCUCGGGUCGGGAUGUCACCGAGGGCAUCGUCAGCACCUUCAACAUGCACCAGCAGUCCUGCAAGGACCUGCAGCUGUACCUGUCCAACCUGGCCAACCAGAUCGACCGGGAGACAGGCACGGCGGAUGUGCCGCUGGUGAUCCUCCUGGACGACCUCAGCGAGGCGGGCUCCAUCAGCGAGCUGGUCAACGGUGCACUCACCUGCAAGUACCACAAAUGCCCAUACAUCAUCGGGACCACCAACCAGCCUGUGAAGAUGACCCCCAACCACGGCCUCCAUCUCAGCUUCAGGAUGCUGACCUUCUCCAACAAUGUGGAGCCAGCCAACGGCUUCCUGGUGCGCUACCUGCGGCGGAAGCUGCUGGAGUCAGACACAGACAUCAACGCCAACAAGGAGGAGCUGCUGCGGGUGCUGGACUGGGUGCCCAAACUCUGGUACCACUUGCACACCUUCCUGGAGAAACACAGCACGUCGGAUUUCCUCAUUGGUCCCUGCUUCUUUCUGUCCUGCCCCGUUGGAAUUGAGGAUUUCCGGACCUGGUUCAUUGACCUGUGGAACAACUCCAUCAUCCCUUACCUACAGGAGGGGGCAAAAGAUGGCCUCAAGGUUCAUGGGCAGAAGGCGGCCUGGGAGGACCCCGUGGAGUGGGUGCGGGACACCCUGCCCUGGCCGUCAGCACAGCAGGACCAGUCCAAGCUGUACCACCUGCCCCCACCCACCAUCGGGCCCCACAGCGCUGUGUCCCCCCCUGAGGAGCGCACUGUCAAGGACACGACGCCCAGCUCCCUGGACUCGGACCCACUGAUGGCCAUGCUGCUCAAGCUCCAGGAAGCCGCCAACUACAUCGAGUCUCCAGACCGUGAGACCAUGGUGGACCCUGACCUGCAGUCGACUCUGUGAAGCCCGGACAUGCCAGCCCAGGCAGAGGGGAGCUGCCACCCACUGCUCCUGCUGGGCUGCUCUUCUUUUCCUUUGGCAUCAAGGAGCGCGGGGCUGGCGAGCGAGCAGAAAGGAGCAGGGCUCCGGUGUGUCCUGGCGGAGCGUGGGGAAACUCGGCUCAUCCACGGGAGAGCACGAGGUGCCAUCUCCCCUCCCGACUCUGGGGGUAGGAGAAUCCUGGUUUCUCUUCAUGGUUUUUUCUGUCUCUAUUAUAAACUCUCGGGCUUUGGGACCAAGGUGACCGCUGUGGCCGAGCCCCUGCUCCUGGGAGCCGCAGGAAGGCCCCGAGUGGGGCAGGGACCCUGCAGGAGCCACCUGGGCUGAAGCUGGGGGGCACAGGAGGAGUGUGUGGCUGCAGGAUGAGAGCGCAGGCAUGAGGGGCUCUGGCUCCCUCUGCACCCACUGGGCAAAGCCAAGGGAGCCGCCGCUGCGGGAGCUCCUGCCUCACGCGGGCCGAGGGGAGUGCGGCUCUCACUGCUGCCUGUACGUUCCCUGUUUCACCCACAUGGCAGCCCCUGCGCCCAGGACAGCCCAAUAAACCGUGCUUUGGUUAUUUUAUUUUGUUUCCCCCUUCCUCUUUUCCUUUGGCCAAGUCCAGACUUUGCUUUGGUCCCUUUUUUGUUCUGGUUCUUCGCUCUCCUGGCCUGGAGCUUGUGGCCUGGUGCCCUCCGCUUCCCUGGCAGCAGCGCCCUUCCCCUUUGGUUUCUUUUGCAGCUGUUGGUUUCACCACUCAAACCACCUCUGUUACAAAACUGGUGCUCACUGGAUGAUCUCCAGUCCCUGAACCCACCUCCUGGGGCCGCACAGCUUGGCUGAGGUGGGACUUGGAGGCUGGUGGCAGUGGGAUGCUCCCAGAGCAGCCCCUCACUGGGCCACUCCCCUCUCCCCAAAAGCACAGGGCAAGGAGACAAGGUUUCUGGCAGGGGCAUCUCCUCCCUGAGGUACCAGGGCAGGGGGAGGCUGCUGCUGCCCUAUCCCUGGGCAGCCGGAUGCCAUCCCUGUCCCCUUAGUGCUGAGGAGCACAACCUGCCCCCCAUCCCCCCGGUGCUGCCAGGCCUGGGGGUGUGGAUUGAUGAGCCUGGGGUUGCUGCCCGUGCUGCCUGCUCCUCCCAGCCCUGUGCCCUCCUGCAGCCUGGCAGGGUCCUGCUGUGCCCCAUGUUGGUGCUCUGGGGACACCUGGGACUGCCAUGUGUCCCUCUGGCCUUACCCAGCAGUGUCACAGGCUAGGCUGCUGCACGGAGUGGGUCAGCCCUGGUGCUGCUGUGGUGCCUUAAUCCCCGGCCAUGCGGAAAAGGGGCACGUGGAGCUUGGGAUAGUGCUGUCACAGCCUGCUCCAGCUCCAGUGUCCUCUGUCCCCAAAGCCAGCUUGGCUAGGAUGGGACAGGGGUGCUGGCACUCACCAAGCUGCUGGCUUGUCCCCAGCCAUGGUGUGGGGUGCCCUGUGGAUCAGCAUUCCCCUCCUGUGCCCAUCUAGCCUAUGGGGGCCUCCUCCUUCCCUCCAGCUCAGCCCCCACCAUCAGCCGGGGCCCUGGAGGGAUAUUUGGGGAAAGGUGACCCCAGGGCCAGGUCUACCAAGCCUACCCAGUCCCCAAACCCUGCCAGGCUGGGGAGUGGGCAACCUCAGCCCCCUGUGCCGCGGCUGGUGGGGCCUUCAGGUACGCCUCACACCCCUCUGGAACGGCCACCUCCUGCAGUGCCGUCAGAGGCAGCCGCCACCUCUGCCCUCGGUGCUCUCGGGGCUCUUGGCCGGUGCUUUCCACCUCGCCGCCCCAUGGUGCUCACUCCUCCGUCUGUCCGACAGCCUCCCGCUGCCGCCGUGGCCGGCCAGCCCGGCCCCUUCCCAUGGGGAUCUCCCGGGAUCCCCUCCCCACGCUGGCUUGGGCAUUAGGGCUUUCUGUUUGCCUUCUCUUGUGUUGCCGCCGUCGGCCGAGGACUCACUGUACAUAGAUCUGUCGUGGAACGCCCUGUGUGGGUUGGGGGGGGCCCGGUCCUGCGCCUCGUCCCUGGUUUUGGGUUUCUUUUGUACUCUGUGAUGACUGUGCUGUGCUGACUUCUUUUCUGAUUGUAUGAGACACUGGCUCAGCAGCUGCUCGAGGCCAGCAGUGGGGAGCUGUCUGUCCCCUCCAACCCCUCCUCAGGGCUCUGGUGCCCGGGAUGGGAAGGACACAAUGCACCUUUGGGGGCUGCCCAGGUGUCCUGAGAAGUCCCAUGGGAGGAGAGGCAGCCUCGCCUGGGCUUGCUUUCUUUUCUGACACCCCCAGGGAGCCACCAAAACAUUGACUAGACUGUCCUCCCCCCAGCUGCUCGUUGUCCCCCAGCCUGUGUCCUGCAGGUUUGCCCUGUCCCUCCUCAGGUCAGGGCUGCCCCUGAUCCUGUCACCUCAGCCUGGGCAGUUGGAGGUGAGUGGCAAGUGGGAGUGUGAUCCAGGAGGAGUCUCCAAGGGAAGGGAAGCAGGUGGGCUCUGGGAUGGGCAUGGGCUGGGGAAACCAGGUCCUGGUGGAUUCCUCCUGGCUUACACCAAGCACCUCGUGUCCCCAAGCCUGGCAGCUGUCUGGGGACCAUCCCCUGGCUGUGGGCUGAGCCCGUCUGUCCCCAGGGAAUUGUCCAAGGAUUGCACUAACUCAUCCCCCUGCCACCUCCAAGGGUGUCCAUCACCCUCAAAGGAGCUUGUCACCCCCCAAGGGUGCCCGUUGUUCCCAAAGGUGGUGCCUGCUGCCCCCAGUGGUGCCUGUCACCCCCAAAGGAGCUGGUCACCCCCAAAGGUGCCUGUUGUCCCCAAAGAUGCCUGCUGCCCCCAAGGGUGCCCGUCACCCCCAAGGGUGCCUGCCACCUGCAAAGCUGCAGGUCGCCCCCAAAGUUGCCCGUCACCCCCCAAGGGUACCUCUCACCUCCAGAGGUGCCAGUUGCCCCCAAAGGUGCCCAUGGCCCCUGGGAGCCCCCCUGAGGGGCUGGAGGUGGGUGAUACCAGCGCCUCACCCUCCUGCCCCCUCGAGCUGCUGCUGCCCGGUGGCCUGAACCUUACAAUUUUAGCUUUUUUCUAUUAAACACAAACAACCUUUUUUUAAUUAAAUAAAAGAUAAAAUGGACAAAUUCCUGUUUUAGAUGAUCUGUGUAAUUGACUGGGUUUUGUGUUUCUUAACUGCAUGAUAUUCCUGCCAAGGGGUUUUAUAGCACUUUUUAAAUUUCUCUUUAAGAUUUUGGUCCAGAUUUCUACUGCUGUUGCCUGUCUGUCUUUGCUUUUUCCUUGCACCCUCCACGUUUGUAAACUCGCUCCAUUUUAUACCUGAUGUUGAGACCCAGCCCCACGUUGUACAUAGCUGCGGGAACAAUCAUAGGGAACAAACAAACACCAUCUGGACUCUUUCCACGAUUAGUUGUUUUUACUUCAAAGAAAUUUUAAAAGAAGCAUAAAAGGAAGCCAGGAAGAGGCUUGAGGAUAUUCCGAAAAGACAGAAACAAUUCCAGCCCUGCACCAAGUCAGCUCCUGCUGCCCACGCUGCCCGCACCAACUGGCAUGUCUCUUCUCGGUCAUCUGUCUAACACCAUUGGAUUCAAUAAAGUGAUCUCAUG